AAACCCAAUUUAAGCUUUUCAUUCACAACUUCGUCUUCUUCGUUGGGAAUUUUCAUCAUUUGGAUAUUCUUGAUCGAUCUCUGUCUCUGAAAACUCUUGGCCCCUCCGCCUUGCACCCUCCUUGUGAUUUUUUAACCUAAUCAUCAUGAGUCCCGGGGAAGGAGGAGGAGGAGGAGGAGCUGCUGUAAGUUUCAGGAAGAGAUCAAAACGACGGUCAAACAAUGCUGCCGGAGCUACGAAACUGGAUCCACCUCAAAACCAUGACGAUAGUUUUUAUUACCAGUCAUCUUCUUCGUCGUCCUCUUCUGUUUCUAACUAUGAGAGCAAGAAGAAGAGGAUUAGGAAGAAGAAGGGUAAAGGAAACAACAACAACAACAAUAACAACGUUGGGGGGUCGUUAAAAAAAUAUGAGCUGAUGUCGUAUUGGGAGUUGCCGGAAUAUAUGAAGGACAACGAGUUCAUCUUGAAUUAUUACCGAGCUGAUUGGCCUAUUCUCGAAGCUCUGUUCAGUGUUUUCCGUUGGCAUAAUGAAACUCUCAAUGUUUGGACGCAUUUGAUUGGGUUUGUUCUGUUUGUGGGUUUGACUAUGGCGAAUUUGUGGGAAGUGCCUCAGGUAUCGGAUCUCCUUGGCUUCUCUAACAGGUACACAUUUAGUGCAGCUGCAAAUGUUUCCCAUAAUUUUAGUGCGGAGACAACAAACUUUGUUCAUGAUUUGAAGCAACUGACAUCUCAGGAAGUGAACAACAUUGCAUCGCCUGGUCAUCAAUUGAGAGUGACACUAUGGCCAUUUUAUGUGUUCUUAUCUGGCUCUAUGUUCUGCCUUCUUUCGAGCACCAUUUGCCAUCUGUUUUCAUGCCACUCUCACCCCUUAAAUGUCUUGCUCUUGCGCAUAGACUAUGCAGGCAUCACCACCAUGAUCAUCACCUCAUUUUCCCCUCCGAUUUACUACAUCUUCCAAUGUGACCCUCGCUGGCAAUUCAUUUACCUUGGAGGCAUUACAGUAAUGGGAAUUGGCACCAUUGUCACACUCUUCUCCCCGAAGCUGUCUAACUCCAAAUUUCGAACCUUUCGAGCUUUGCUGUUUGCUUCAUUGGGGUUGUUUGGGAUUGUUCCGGCGGUCCAUGCCAGCAUUGUGAAUUGGGGCAAUCCGAAACGUGAUAUAACUCUGGUUUAUGAAGUUGCCAUGGCGGUUUUCUACUUGACUGGGACUGGAUUUUACAUCACUCGGAUUCCCGAGAGAUGGAGGCCGGGGUGCUUCGAUUUGGCAGGUCACAGCCACCAGAUUUUUCAUGUUUUGGUGGUGAUGGGUGCUUUGGCUCAUUAUGCUGCUAUACUUGUCAUGCUAGACUGGCGAAGCACCUUGGGGUGUGACAUCAAUACUAGUCUUACUCUGUAAUAUAUACAGAUACAGUGAAGCAGCUUGUUCAUUUUUUCAACUACGCUUUAGAUGAUGAUGAUUGAGUAGGGCAUUAUCCAUUUGUUGAGAGAAAGUUGUGUAAGUAAGCUUCGUCUCAAAUGAUAGCCUUAGAACAGAACUAUAGAGGCUGUCAAUUAUCAUUAUGUUUCAGAAGAAUUCCAGGGAAGAAAAAGAAGUGCAACAUUUUUUAC